AUGGAGCAUUCUGAGCACCGACAGAGAUCGUUUAUGGACUUUCGCAAUCAAGUUAUAUUGUGGAUAUCACUGAUUGAGAAGCAAUUAUCCGAGCAGCUCGAUCAUGGCUCAGUCUCCGAAGUUGAGGAAACAAAUCCACAAAGCAAAGACUCGCAAUCAAAGAGCGACUCUAAUCGAAGCAAAAUCUCGCGUCACACUAAAGUCUCAAGUCGAGGUAAGGAUUCGCGUCGUACUACAUCCGUAGCAAGUUCCUCGUCAUCUGCCCAAUUACAAGAAAAGGCAAGGAUUGCGGAACUUAUGGCGGAGAAGUUAAUGCUCAAGAGAAAACAAGCUAUUAAAGCAGCGGAAGAAGUGCUCAAGCUGGACACCGAAAUUGCUAAAGCGAGAGAAAGGGUUUUUGAGGAGAUAGAUGAAGUAAAAUCGCAGAAUUCUCCAGAAAGCAGAAAAGACUCAGAUAUGAUCGUGCAACCUCCUGCUACGCCCCAUCCGGUGUCUACAGCUCGCCAUGAAACAAUACCCUUACCAACAUUAUCGGCAUCAUCUGUUACGGAUUCAAAUCGUUCAAUUGGAAGAUCCCACGUCCUGCCACAAACUAUAACAAGACGAGCAGAUGUAAAUGACACGGCAAAACCGCACAAGCCUAUCCAUAAAAGAUCGACUGGAAACCCUGAAUCACAUCUAGGGCUCCACCACACCAUACCUGAAUUUAAUCUUAGUUCAAGUACCUUUCCUCAACCUUCGACCUUUGCGAGAAAACCUCCGCUGUACGAAGACCGAUAUACAACAUCCCAACACUAGAACCGUCAAGUAACAAAGCCUGGCGAGAUUUUAUAUCAACACAACAGCAGCACAAUGAACAUGUUAUCGAAACCAAUCGACGGCUAGCAGUGGCGAUGACUUUACCGCAACCCGAUGUGCCGAAGUUCACUGGAGACCCCUUGGACUAUCAAGCAUUCAUUAUGGCGUUCAUCGUGCGACGCAUCGAAUCCAAGACCCAUCUAGCCGAAUGUUUGUAUUAUCUCAACCAAUACCUCAACGGAGAACCUAAAGAGCUAAUAAGUGGAUGUCUGUAUGUUGAUUCAAUAGAAAGAUACAUAGAGGCGAAGAGGUUGCUUGACCACGAGUAUGGAGAUCCAUAUAAGACAUCGUCAGCUUAUAUUAAUAAGGUGCUAAGCUGGCCAAUGUUGAAGUAUGACGAUCCAGUGGGUUUGAGACGGUUCUCCUUCUUCUUGAAGAAAUGUAAUAACGCAAUGAAAAGUUUGUCGUACAUGAUGGCAUUGGAUCAUCCAUCGAAUAUGCAAAUUGUUGUUCGAAAGCUACCAUUCGCUUUACAGAACCGAUGGCGAGAUCGAGUAGUUGAUAUAAGAAGAACCCGAGAACAAGUGGCAACUUUCAAAGACUUGGUAAAUUUCGUAGAUUCCUGUGCCGAAGCAGCUAAUGAUCCGAUCUACGGCAAAGCGGCAUUAAGUGAGAAGCAAAGUGAUCAGCAAAAGGAAGAUAGAAGAAGACAAGAUGUACAGAAGAGAUAG